UGGGAGGGUAUCCAUGUGUUCUUUGCUAGAAUGAAAAUUCUUUUUUGAGUGGCUCUGAAUUUUCACGUCUUGAGAGUAUUCAGCAAAUUAAAGGUCUGUUUGUCUGUUUCCUACUGAGUGGGCUUUUAGGGAGGGACCUGCAAUAGAUAGAAAAAAAUUUCUUCCUUGUUGAUCCCAGAGGGCUGGAGUCAGAUCAAGACUGGAUUUCAGAUCGUUCAUUUGUUUGUUCGUUCAUUUGUUCAUUCACUGAAGCAUCCGUACACUCAGCAAAUAUUUAUUGAGUCCUUAGGCACUGCUCUUGGUACUGGGGAUACAACAGUAAACAAAACAGAGGCGCCUUGUCCUCAACAAGCUUACACUGUAGUGGGGAAGAUAGUCAAAUAAAUAAGCAGAUAAAUAUUUUUAGAUAGUGAAAAUACUGCUGAAAAGAAACUAGGAUUAGGAAGCUAGAGAGUGAAGGUGGGCAGAUGUGCUAUUCAGUUAGAAUUGUUAAGUAUGUCCUCUCUGAGGAGAUGGCAUUUGAAGAGAACUGAAGGAUGUGAACAGUGUGAGGAUCAGGAAAGAGCACAGCGGACAGAGGGAAGAGGAGGUGUUCAGGAAGACCUGAAUGAGUGAGGCCUGAGUGCGGACCGGCUUGUACAGAUUACGUAGUUCCCUGGAGGCCAGUGUAAAGGAUUUGGAUUGUUACCAGUGUGAUAGGGAACCACUGGAGGGUAUUCAGCAGAGGAGGAAUGUAGUAUAAUUUAUGUUUUAAAAAUAUCACUCUGGUUGCUGUGUGGAGAAUAGACUCUCGGAGUGGGGGAGGGGGAAACUGGAAGCAUGGGAGACCAGAUUAGAAGUUAUUGCAACAGUGAGACUUGUUUUGAGGGUAUAGACAAUAGGUUGAUGAACUGGUUAUUGGAAGUACAGAAAAGAGGAAAGAAGGCUGAUGCCCAGAUUUGUAGGUCUGGAUUGGGCAGUGACCUCUGGGCUCACUACUCCAGCCUGGUGCAUCUUUUGGCUCCAUGGACAGCUGCUGGCUCCUACAGACCGGAUGAAGCAGACUAGAGACACAAGUGGAGAAAGUCUCCAGCUGGCAUAUUCUCAGAGUGUGGCCCUCUGGCCGCUGGCCCUGCCCAGCCUGCUUCAUGGAGAGGAUGAACUGGCUGAGCAGGCUGGCCUCCCGGGCCCCUGGGCACCGUGUACCACAAGGGGCCAGUCUGCAGACCCCUGUCAUGGCUGACCCUGAGACCUGCCUCAUGGUCUUCAAGAAUCACUGGUCCCAGGUGGUGCGAAUCCUGGAGCGGCAAGGCCCUCGGGCAGCGCCUGGGGGCGCAGACGAUCUCAGUGCUGUGCGAAACCACACUUACCAGAUGCUGACCCUGUUGGCAGAGGAUCGUGCAGUCCCCUCGGCCCCCUCAGCUCCUGGGCCCCUGCUGGAGUUUGCUCUGCGCGAGGAUCUUCUCACCCGUGUAUUGGCCUGGCAGCUUCAGUGGGAUGAGCUUGGAGAUGGGGUUGAGGAACGGCGGGCUGAGCAACUGAAACUCUUUGAGAUGCUAGUGAGCGAAGCUCGCCAGCCACUGUUGCGGCAUGGUCCAGUUCGUGAGGCUCUGCUGAUCUUGCUGGACGCCUGUGGCCGCCCUGUGCCCAGUAACCCAGCACUGGAUGAAGGCCUGGUGCUACUUCUCAGCCAGCUGUGCGUGUGUCUGGCCCGGGAGCCCUCAUUGCUCGAGUUCUUCCUGCAGCCACCUCCUGAGCCCGGAGCUGCUCCCCGUCUUCUCCUCUUUUCUCGCCUUGUCCCCUUCGUCCAUCGAGAGGGCACCCUAGGCCAGCAGGCCCGUGACUCCCUACUCCUGCUCAUGGCUCUGUCAGCUGGGAGCCCCACUGUGGGCCGCUAUAUUGCAGAUCACUCUUACUUCUGCCCGGUGCUGGCCACAGGGCUGAGUGCCCUGUACUCUUCACUGCCCCGAAAGAUUGAAGUUCCAGGUGAUGACUGGCACUGCCUGCGACGGGAGGACUGGCUGGGAGUGCCAGCCCUUGCGCUCUUCAUGAGUUCCCUAGAGUUCUGCAAUGCAGUCAUUCAGGUGGCUCACCCCCUGGUGCAAAAGCAGCUUGUUGAUUAUAUCCAUAAUGGGUUCCUGGUGCCUGUCAUGGGCCCUGCCCUGCACAAGACCUCUGUGGAGGAGAUGAUCGCCAGUACCGCCUAUCUGGAACUUUUCCUACGGAGUAUCUCAGAGCCUGCCUUGCUCCGUACCUUCCUGCGAUUCCUGCUGUUACACCGGCAUGACACCCACACCAUCCUUGACACGCUUGUUGCCCGUAUUGGCAGCAACUCCCGGCUCUGCAUGGUCUCUCUGAGUCUCUUCAGGACCCUACUGAACCUCAGCUGUGAGGAUGUCCUGCUGCAGCUGGUUCUCAGGUAUCUUGUCCCAUGUAACCAUGUGAUGCUGAGCCAGAAACCAGCUGUGCGUGAUGUGGACCUAUAUGGACGAGCAGCAGACAAGUUUCUCUCCCUAAUCCCACGCUGUUGUCGGCACCGUGCCUCCAGCCCACCCUGUCCAGAGCAUGCCUCAUGGGCACGAGGUGGGCCUAGCAGAGAGGCAGGGAGAAGGGAGGACACGACGGGACCUGGAAGCCCAAGUGUUGACUCCUCUUCUGCAGUGACAGUGCCCCGUCCCUCCACGCCGUCUCGUCUGGCCCUCUUCCUGCGACAGCAGAGCCUGGGUGGCUCCGAGUCCCCAGCCCCAGCCCCUCGCUCACCAGGGCUUGCUGCAUCCCCAGCCUCCAGCCCCGGCCGACGGCCCAGCCCCGCAGAGGAGCCUGGUGAGCUGGAAGACAAUUACCUGGAGUAUCUGCGUGAGGCGCGCCGUGGUGUGGACCACUGUGUCCAAGCCUGCCGUACCUGGUCUGCCCCCUAUGAUGGCGAGCGGCCCCCUCCUGAGCCCAGUCCCAUUGGCUCCCGGACUAAGAAACGCAGCCUACUGCCUGAGGAGGACAGGGACAAUGCGGGGGAAGGGGAGGAGGAAGAGCUGGGGAGUGGGGGGCUGGCUGGGGGGGGAAGAGAGGGCCCCGGCCACCUGCCCCCUCCCCAGCUCAAUGGGGUGCCAGGACCGUGGCCUGAGGGGGCCAAGAAGGUUCGUCGGGUGCCACAGGAGGGAGCUGGGGGACUGCUAGAGGGCAUCUCCGAGGGCAUGGCAGGACUGGAGGGCUUUGGGCAGGAGCUCCGGGAGCUGGAGGUGGCAUUGAGCAAUGGGGGUGCUGGCUCAGAGCCCCCCCUAGAGCCUGCACUGCCUCUUGAGGAGGAGGAGGCCUACGAGAGCUUCACCUGUCCCCCUGAGCCCCCUGGCCCCUUCCUCAGCAGCCCUUUGCGGACUCUCAACCAGCUGCCAAGCCAGCCCUUCACUGGCCCCUUCAUGGCUGUGCUCUUUGCCAAACUCGAGAACAUGCUGCAGAACUCCGUCUAUGUCAACUUCCUGCUGACGGGGCUGGUGGCCCAGCUGGCCUGUCACCCCCAGCCCCUGCUCCGCUCUUUCCUGCUCAACACCAACAUGGUCUUCCAGCCCAGUGUCAAGUCCCUGCUGCAGGUGCUGGGCUCUGUGAAGAAUAAGAUUGAGAGCUUUGCAGCCUCGCAGGAGGACUUCCCAGCAUUGCUGUCCAAAGCCAAGAAGUACCUCAUUGCCCGUGGCAAGUUGGAUUGGACUGAGGGCCCUCCAGCAGGACCUGCCCCCCGCCGCUCUGAUUCCCUAGUGAAGAGUCGGAGGCCGUCCUUGGGGGAGCUGCUCCUGCGGCACGCACACAGUCCAACCAGGGCUCGGCAGGCGGCGCAGCUGGCUCUUCCGCCUGGGAGAGACGGCGCAGGACUUGGCCUAGGUGGGGGCUCCCCGGGGGCUUCAACGCCGGCCCUGCCCCACCGAGGCGGGGCCCCCGAGCGCCAAGGUGAGGCUCUGCGAGUCAAGAAUGCUGUCUACUGUGCAGUCAUUUUCCCUGAGUUUCUCAAGGAGCUGGCUGCCAUCUCCCAGGCCCAUGCUGUCACCUCGCCUUUCUUGUUGGAUACUUCAGAGGAGGGAUCUGGCCCUCCUGUCUCAGGCUUUGGGGCCCUCAAUCCUUAACUUUCUUCCAUGGACAAUCAGGGCCUUGAGUGGCCUGGGCUGGGGGCCAGGGUGUAGGCUCCUUUUUAUGUUUGGAGGCAGUGGCGAGAGGACUUUUUAAUUUAUUUCUGAUGAAUGUUUCCUGGAGAACUUGUUGCAAUACGUAUAAAAGGGAAAUCUCUAUUCUGUGCUCAUUCUUCCUUCCCUCCCUUUUUCUAUGGGGCCGGGGCUCCAAGAAAGUUGUACAUAGAUGGGGAAGUGGUCAGGGUACUUUCUCUCUGGUGAGGAUCAGAUACCAAGUUUCAAGGCACUUCCUACGCCUUUAGAGGGUGAGGGGACAUGAAACCUAGGGAAGAAAUGUGGGCCUUUCCUCCUCCAGACCCCCACAGGAAGAAGCAGCAUGGGCCUAGGAUGGUUUGGGGGAGCAGCAGCUGAUGUUUAUUGGGGACCAGUGUCCCUAUGUCAGAUCUUGGGGGCCUCGCCCCCUGCAUCUCUUGCCUCAGCUUCAUUCGUCGCUGUCGAACUCCGAGGACAGACCCUGCAGCAGGGGCAGGGACAUGGAGUGCCGGUCGGGGUCCCCGGGGCCCCCACCCUGGGCUCCUGGUGGGGGGCUGCGGGGGCUGAAGAGCCAGUUCUCUGCCAGGGUUGGGGAUAGUCAGAGCUUGACUCAUGCCCUGCUUUUUCUGCCUCCCUGAUCCCUCCCACUGGUCUUCUUUGUUGUACCCACCCCCUCACCAGGACCAUGCUUCCAUCUCACCCUCCCCUGGCUCCCUCACUCCAUCCUCCUCACUAGGGUCCAGUGUGGAGUUACAGGUGCCCUGUAACGCAUUCCUGGGCUAUACUCCCCAUGCCCUCUCCCUCCACCCUGCCCCGUCCCUCUCAUCUUCAUUUCCCCUAGCAGUACCUGACAGCAUCUGGGGCCCUCUUCGGAAGAAGUUUCGGCCCUUGUAGGAGAAUCUGGUUGGUCUACCCUCUGGCCCUUCCUGGGGAGGAGGUGUAGGUGGGUCUGGGACAGGCAUGGGCACAGCAGCAGCUUCGGGGAUAUCCUCAGGGGCUGAUGUGUGGGCCGGAGGUGGCAUGGUGCUGAGGUUGGGUCUGACCCAACUGGCCCCCUGAGGCAGUGGGUCUUUGAUCAGAGGCUUCUGUGGUCCCAGCACUCCCUUGGGCUGCAGUGAAAACUUGAGGCAGGAGAAGGCAAUAGGCAGUGACCGUUGUAACCGGAGCAGCUGGGGCUCACGGGCGGUAGGCAGCAGCCCCAGCUGCAGCCAGGAACAGGAGAAGACCUGGUAGAUAACAUAGAUGCUGCGGGUGCUUCGGAGCCAGGGAAGAGUCUGCUGUAGGCUCACCUGCCCUGGUGGCAGCAACAGGAAGGCCACCUUCUUGCGCAGGCCACCCAUAUGUAAGUGGAUCUGGCAGGGCUGUCCAUCCAACAGUCGCGUUUCUCCAUAGGCUAUCUCUGCUCGGCCAUUUGGUGAGUAUUCUCGAGUGCAGUGGGCAAAGGCUCCCUCAGACCCUGCCUGCUCCAGGAGGUUUGGUAGUGGCCCCACUGGUUGUAGUGCCCGCCGGCCCUGCCGACCUGGCAGAGCCAGGCGGGUGUGGGCUGGGCGGGACUGUUUCACAAGCACACCCAGUAGGUCAUAGCAGGUUGCGUCCGACAGGAAAGGUACUGCCACUACAUUGUGCCCAAAGCGCUCCUCGAUGACCUGCAGGUGGCCAGUUUAUAGGUCAGGGACUGAGUGCAUUAGGGUCAGGGCUAGGAGUCACCUGAUAGCCUGCUCUAGAUCGACCCUCCCACUGUCACUGUUGGAUUACAUCUCCACAAUGUGCUCAAAGUGUUAUGCUUCCUGCUUAUCUCCCAGUUCUCUCCUGUAGCAAAACCUUGAAUGUCUACUAUCUGCCAGACUCUGCUAGACACUGGAAAUGCAUAAAAAAAUGAGACUUUGUCCUUGUCCUAAUAUAGCUCAGUCUAAUGGAGGAGACAAACAUGUAAACAGUAGGCAGCUAAGUAAAAGAACAGAGAGCAAACUAUGGGGCAGGUGAGCUGUGAUUUAACAGCCUUUGUCUUUGAUAGAAGAGGAUCAAGGAUAGCUUCUAGGUGGUAAUACUUUGGCUUCUAAGGAAUUAGGUAGGAGAAGGAACAGCCAGUGAAAAAAACUUGCACUUAAUAAACUAAAGGGCACAGUCAGGAACAUAUAAUUUCUUAUUCAGUGUAGGGUGUGGAGAGGGACAAGCACACAGGAACUUGAAUCUUCAAGGCCUUGUGUGUGUGCUAAGUGGUGGGAAUUUUAUCCUGAGGACAAUGGGAAGCCACUUGAAGGGCUCUGGCUAGGAGGGGCAGGAUCAGAUAGGCAUUUAAAAAGUUUAUUUGGAAAGGAAGGCAUAAAAUAAAGGGAGAUAGAAAAAUCAGUUAAGAAUGUUAUAAAAUUCCAGGCAAGACAUGGUGAGCCUCUGAAUUAAAAUAAUGGGGGAAGAUAUUUAGGUUAUAGAAUUAGUAGAACUUGGUCACUUAAGGUGUGUGGGAAAAGGAAUCCUCAAGGAUUAUUCUUACGUGAUUGGUUAGAUGGGUGAUGUCAUUAACCAAGAAUGGAUACACAGAAGUAGCUUUGGAAGUCCACUCUUACACCGUGUCUGCCCUAGCUGCAGGGGGUACUUCUUUUAGGGAUUUGUGACCUCAUCUUUGGAAUGCUAGUUCCAAAAGGCUUUUAAGGAUUACAGUUCCUCUCGAUUUUGUCCUUGUCUUGGCCUUUUUGGGCUUGGUAACCCAGUUUUGGAAAGUUUAACUUCAUGACCAACUGGGAAAGCCUAUAAGAUCCUCUUAGUAAUUAUACUUAGUUAUGAUCUUAACUCAUCCCAGAUAUUGUUGGCUGAGAGUUCUGGGUCUGCAUGCCGCUGGGGAGCAUAUACCGUCCCUUCUUUGGGCCCCUUUCAUUUUAGAGUUCUAAUUUUAAAAUGCUGUGUGCUCUGCUUCCCUCCCCCAGCCUCCCAAAUCCAACAUGUCUGUGCCCCAAGAUGGCAUUGCUCACUUUGCUGGCCUGGUAGAAUUCACCAGUGGUCCCUUAAAGCUGAUCGCUUUUUGCUACAUAAAGCUGAUUUGGAAGUGCUGCCCCCUAGCGUAAGAGAAGGGUACCUAACUGAUGGAGCUGUGUCUGGGCUUUAUACAAGCUGUGAUAGCUUGAAGACUCCUGUUUUUUGUCAUCUAGCCAAGGAAAUAACUGGUGCUCUUUGUUGAUCUGCAGGGAAGAAUUUCCCAUCAUUCUUACUCCUUUGUUUCACUAAGACAUGGAACACUUAACUUUUGAGUGGAGGCCUCGGGUUGAUAAAGGCCCCGAGAAGGGCGGUUGGGUUUCCAGGGGUGACAGCAGAGCCAUGGUGGGUUAGGACUUUUGUAUAGAAUGCUCUGCCCCAUGACCUUGAAAGCAUAGUCACCAGACAUAACUUCAGAACCCCACCCUAGCCGCUCCUUUGGUGCCUCGGUUUCUGUACAACUAAGGCGAAUAAAAGUGUCUCCAGGGGAGGUCCCUCUAACAGGAGUGUGAUGUUUAACGUGUCUGGUUCUCAUGGUCUACGUUUCUGCUAAAGGGUGGCUCCCUGAUUUAGCUGGAAACUCUUUUCCAGAAUAUAGACAGGAAUUUGCCUGAAUGGAAGUUAUUAAGUCCUUAUUCUUACCCUUGAGGGCCCAAAUGGCUGCCCUAAAAUAGGAAAAUUAAAGUGCUCAGUUCUGUGCUAGAGUGAGUGUAUUCUUGGCAGAGUCACCAUUUGAAACCACUACCUGCUUCUGCUGCACUUGUAUUUCUGGAUGGAAGUUCUGAGGAGCUUAGAGGCCUGCAAAUUUAGCUCACCCGGGAGCAGCCCAGGAAAGUGAUGGUGGAAGAUUAUCUUCCUGUAGGUACCUUGGCUUGUUUGAAUUCUGAUAGGGAGCCCUUGAGUCACAUUCUGUUUAGGGAGAUGUUCUACAAAGUGCCCAGUAAACUGUCAGCAGUUCUGAAGAGAGGAAACCAGGUCACUCAAAAAGGUGUCCUACUCUUUGAAUUUGCUAUCUACCACCAGUGGUUUAUCCUGCGUGUCCCUACACUGAAUUUCCUGACAAUUUUCCAUUUAAAUAGCAUAGGGAGAUUUUCUGAUUCUCAGAGCUGGUGUAGCUUUCUAAUAGUUAAAGACCCCAUUUAUUUCACCCUAAUUGUGAUUCAUCUAGUCCAGGCCCAACCUUUUACACUGCUGAAACUAAUGGCUCUCAUUCUUGGGAGGACCUUGGCUCUCCUGUUUUUGCUUCUUUGGGAAGCUGACCUUUGUGGUGAGCAGCUACUCCAUUUCAGGUGGGACCUACGUGCCAUUCAGGCUGCCUUGAGUCUGGUUGGCACUCCUUUAAGGUGAUCGUUUUAAACCUGGUGGGCUGCCUUCUACAAAUGCUUUCUGUUCACUCUCCUUCAGAUAACAUGACCAAAACUUGAGCCCUCAAUUCUCUAAUCUCAGAAAUUAGUCCCCAUCUAGAUUUGGUGGGGUUUUCUGGGCUCUUGCAACUCAAAUAUAGCUGGGAUUUGCCAGGUCCUGGAAAUCCAUAUAUUUGGCUCAAAACCCAAAUUCUCAUUCUGUGGAAGUUAAGCGGGAGAGAAUCUGUGAACUGGUUGAAGGUAAAGUUCAGGUUCUUUAGAAAACUUAAAAGGCCUUUCAUGAUCAGCCCCUAUCUCUCUUUAACCGCAUUUCCACCAGUACUUUGAACUCUGUUCUAGAGGACUGUUUGCAGUUCACAGGUAUACAUUUUCUUUUUUCUCUCCUGGCUUUGGCAUACAUUCUACCUUUAAUUAGUACACUGCUCACUCACCAACCCACCUGCUUAUUAACUCAUUCAGGUGUUCAUUAAGCACCGUUUAUGUGCCAAGUAUUCCUCCUCCCUCUGGGUGGGAAUACCUGCUUGCCUAGCUAGAAUGUCACUCUCUCCAGGAAGCCUUCCUGACCUCCUAAGUCCUGACCCUGCCUUAGCACUUCUCCUUUCUGCUCUUACGGCUCUCUGUAUGUUGUCUUUCAAGGAACCUUUCUUUCUGCUUUUGCAGUUGUAAUUAAAUUGGGCACUCUGUGCAGUGCCUGGCACAUAAGCCAGCACUGAGUAAAUGUUAGUUAUUAUUGUCUCCAGGCUUUCCACCCCUUCCUAGUCAGAAGCUGCUCAGACCCAUCUAGCUCACACUUUGUUACUUCCUCUUUAGCCUUCUUUACCUACCUUAUCUUUGAUGAGGGUCCAGGUGGCAUCAGCUUCAUCCAGUGUCAGCAGGUGAGGGGUACCAACCAACAUGGUGGGGGUGUGGGAGGGGUUAGGCAGGGCAGUGGCUGCUGCAGGAGCCCCAGGCUGCCCAGGGAGGUGAGGCCCCAGGCCCUGGGCUCUGACCUACUGCAGUAUGAGGUCAUAGAGGUCCUGCUGGGUGCUGGGGCCUUGGGUGGGGAGAGGGCAGUCACUUUCCUAGCCUCACUGUGCCUACAGCCUCAGUUCAUACUCUUUAGUUGCUUAUUCAUUCUCCUGCUUUAGGGGAGGAAGAUGCAGGUAUCCAUUAGGGCAUUUGUACAUGUCUGCAUGUGUGUGUGUAUGUGUGUGUAGUUCUUGGUCUGAGUUCUUUAAGGAAACAGGAUCAGGCCCCUCCUCCCUUUACCAGCCUCCUUAAAGCAAUUUGCUUUGCUAUCUUGUCAGUUGCAGAUGACUUCUUUGUGAGAUUGGAUUGGGGUCCUGAAGGACAUGAGAGAAGCAGGGAUCAGCACCUAAACGAGAACAAAGCAGUGACUUUCAGCUUUGGCUGUGCUUUGGAAUUACCUGGGAGCUUUAAAAAUUACUGGUACCUGGAUCCUACUCCCAGGGAUUCUGAUUUAAUGGGUCUGGAAAAUGCCUCGGCAUCAGGGUUUCUUAAAGUUCCUCAGGCAGUUCUAAUGUGCAGCCUAGGUUGAAGCUCAUUAUUAGUGAGUGGGUUACAGUUACAACGAAAGCCGGGUGGGUGUGUAGGAGGGUGCCGUGCUGAGCGGUGACAGCGUGGAGGAUGAGAAUCGAAUUGGGAUAAUGUUGCCUUAGUUACUGGAGAGAACUUUCAGGAAACCAGAUACACCCAGGUAAAUUUAAGAAAAUGUUCUCCAUCCUCCACUCCCUUUCCUGGGCUGCCUUGUGUCUAGUGGGUGCUCUCCCUCUGCAGCCCUAACCUGUGGGUGAUUUUCACUUGUGUCUCUGUCCGGAGAUCUCAACCUGGUGUUUUGCUGGGAAAGAAGAGUGGUUUUUCCCUGGAGAAGAACCACCCUAGAGAGUUUCUAGAAGCUCCUUCCCCACUCCACUCCUGUGUGCCCAGGAAGACCCUUUGUGUGCGGGGAGCACCCUCCGCUAUCCCGGCCCAGCGUAUAGAGCCGUCUCACAAAGUCGGCCAUUGUUGGAGCUGACUGAGGUGGUAUGAGUAUGGGGCCCCGGGGAGGGUCCUACUGUGGUGGGAGAGUGCUGCCGGGAAGUUCCCUAAAGGACAGGUAACUGGCCCCAGUGGAGAGCAGGUCUCCCUGGACAGAGCAAAGGGUUUGGGUGUCAGGUCUUUCAGCAAGGGUUUGACAGUGAGCAUGGGCCUGUGCUCCAGGAGAGGAAUUAGUAUUUAAAUAUUUGUUGAAAGUGAAUGUGUUAGGGGCUGUUCCAAACACUCUUGAAGGCGUUAUCUUAGUUAACCCUUUUAGUAAUCUCUUGAACUAGGUACUGUUAUCUCCCCAUUUUACAAGUGAAUUAACAGGCUCAGAGAGAUUAAAUAAACUAGUGCAAAACAUACAGUGAGUUCAUGGAGGGUCUAGGGUUCAAAUCCAAGUCUGCCUGAUUCCAGCUUUAACCAUUAAACAGUAGUUUCUUCUGGUGAAGGGAGAGAUCAGCAUGUUCCUUGUGCUUGCCCGAGGGCUGUGUGCCAGUUUGAAAUUCAAAGUGCUGAUUAAAGGGAAGUGGGCAGGAUGGGAGAAGAGCCACCAUAGACUCAAUCAGAAACCCCAAGAUUCUUGUAAGGUAAAACCAAGUCUCCUCCUCCUCAUGUCCCUUUAGCACAUUUUUUAUUAUGGUCGACAAGGAGAGGUCACCUAGUAAAGUAUAGCUGGCACCUCUGUUCCCUCAGAAAGGAAUUCUGAGUGAGGUAGACAGAGGUGGAGAGAGACAAGGACAAGAGACAGACACGGGGCAUAGCUGACUGACGGUGCAAGGAGACAGAUGCUGGGGGACAGACAGUGAGAGCUGCUGAGAAACAGGCAGAGAGUGAUGCACAUCUGUACCCUGAGGGGCUCCAGGAUGCGAAGGGGUGGAUGAGGUAGGUGCCAGGUUGAUGAGCUGUUGGUGAAAUCAGAUGAGGCUCUCUUUCGGAUUUUUGUUCAUAGAGGGGGCUCAGAGGGGAAACUGGGUACUAUUGAACUCAGCCAGAAGCCCAUACCUCUGUCUUCUCUCUCGCUGUCUGAUCACCAUGAUCCUCCUGCUCCCUAAAAAAUCUCAUAAAACAAACAGUCUGUCUUUCCUUUUGGCUCAUAGAGACCGAAAGUUGCUGAAGGAAAACAGGUGACAGCUGAGUUCUGGGUGGAGUUGAUGAGCCCAAGGGCUGGGCUGUUCAGGCCAUAUCUUACUCAAGGGUCUUGCCACCACUGUGGCAAGUUCUGGGGUCUCCCUGGGGAAGAAGGCACAGGUCAUCAGCAUAUCUGAGGAGUGAGCAGGGUGGGGAGCACUAGGGGAACAAACAGGUGGGGCUGACCAUCCAGAGAGCAUGCUGCUUUCUGCAAGCACCCCUAGGGCCGCACAGAACAGCACCAGUGGUGACGAGGAGCCCUUCUCUCAGGCUGUAGGGAUACUCGUACAGGUCCCUGAUCCCUUAUUUGAAACCUUUUGGGAUGGAUGGGUUUUGGAAUUCAGAGUUUUUCAGAUUUCAGAAAGGGAAUAGAGUGCCUUUAUGAUAUAUAAAGGAAUACCCCAGUGCGAUUCAGGGCAGUGCUCUAUAAUCAAACCCAUCAAUAAUUCUGUAGCUAAGUGUAUGAAUAUUCACACUAAGUGAGAUAAAUAUAUACUAUAAAUAUGAUUGUGAUGGGUCAGGCCAGAUUUUGGAUCAAAGUUAUGAAAAAUCUAUUGUUUCUUAAGAGAUUUUUUUUUUAUUUUGGAAUUAUAGAUAAAGGAUUAUGGGCUUAUAAUUGUUCUCAGGUUGUUGUGAGGAGUGAGAGUGCCGGUAAAGCCUUCUAAACACUCUACAUGGUAGGUAUGCAGUCUCCAUCCAAAACAAAAUAUGAGUGUCCAUGGGGGUGGACCUUUGGCUUGAGGGAAGAAAGUUCUUACAGGGAACAGUAUACAGCUUCGGACUCAGCUGCCUUGGGAGUUGUGUGUGCAACCAGAGUGAAGGUGCCUUAGAAGAGAGGCUGCCUGUGGUGGGAGGGGGACUGAAGUCAUUGCUUAUGAACAUUGGCUGUGUGUGAUUUUCCCUUUUCACGUACCAGAAGGGAAAGACAAAAACGGUGUGCGUGUGUGUAUGUGUGACACAGGACUGUCACACAUUUCUUUAUAUUUCUUUAUAAUAAUGUUGUAAUAAACAUCUUACUGCAUA